AUGAAUGCGCCAGAUGGUGGUCCGAAAGAACAAACACUCCCACUCAGUUUGAUCGCACAUGUCAUAUCCUUUGUUGAAGAUGUAGGCGACAUUGCGCGCAUGACGCGUACCUGUCGAUUGAUGUACUACAUGACCCUCCCCGUCCUCUACGAACGAGUCACACUCCGCUCAUACCCCGAAACGCGAUACGUUGAUGGACGACCAGAAGGAUAUGGAAGUGGCAGCCCGUUCACCAUGGGUCUCAGCGGUCUUGCCUCAGGAAACUCGGCUGCGCUGGUGAAAGAGUUUACGGUGACAGGAGCAUGGUCAGAUCCGGGCGUAGAUGAGUACAGCAGAGGAAAGAUACCAGACAGCACAAUACUGCUUGGGAUUGCUUUGCGGGCCUCUAUGGACAGGAUGACACACCUCAAGUCCUUGACCUGGGAUCUCGACUCCAAGCCGACCAAGCCUAUCUACCAAGGACUCGCUGCUCGCCCAACAUUGACCUCGCUGAGUCUACGCUUCCCCCAAGUUCGCUCGCCUCGACCCAUUGUAGUCAUCCCGACCAUGCCCAACCUACGUCGCUUACGCGUCAGCGACAUCGACCCUCUUUGUUAUCCCGAUGACAUGUCAGUACUCAUGUUUCAUGCUAAACAGCUGGAAGAUCUACGCAUACAUUGGAGUCCACGUAUGCGACAAGAAGCCGAGCCCAGCAUCAAUCUAAGCACCAUCUUUGGGAAAUGUUUCGAGGCAGGUUACAAGAUACGGCUUAAGCACCUCGGCCUUCAGAACUUUUAUGGUCCAAACACAGGUGACCUACAACAUAUCGCCAAUCCGCCUUCUCUUGAGAGUGCUGAUUUCAUCGAGGUCUUUGGAGGUAAUUACAGUCGACCUACCACUAUCUGGGUGGAUGAGACUUGGAAAAAUAUUCCGGACCCGGUAUACUUCAAAGGCUUCAAGAGGCAUCGCGUCAGCGAAGCGGCACCUGAACACGCCAAGAUUUUGUGUCAGUUUUCUGGUCUGGAGGAAAUGUACAUGGUUGGCAGUAGCGUAGGCAAUCGCGACCCUAGGAUGGAGUUCAACUCGCCAGCGACCAUGGUCACGACACCCGCCACUUCCACUUCUUGUUCGACGCCUACUCCCAACGCCUUCGAGGAGAAGCAAGCAUAUGUGACGUGCAAAGCAUACUUGCGCGCGUUAACAACACAUCAUGGUCAAACAAUCACAAAGCUGCUACUUUCCGACCAAUGGCCACUUUCAGGACCACAGAUUGGUGAACUCGUCAGCAAGUGUCCAAAUUUGUGUCAACUUGGUAUGGCCUUGGGUAAAGACGCUGGCGAAGCCAUGACUUUGCUGUCUCCCUUCUUCGCCAAGUUGCGCGCCGUCAGAAUCUUGGCCAAUGCGAACAGCAUCGCACUGCUCGCAGAUCCAGACCUUACCAGUCUGAUUGACGGCACCCGGACCGAGCCCUUGUAUUGGAAGUGUCUCAACAAUACUGUCAGAUUCUGCGGCAUGGGUGACGUUGUUCUCAGGGUCGAAAAGGCCACAUUGAGAGCAGAUGCCGAAGGCAACAUGGAGUGGCAGAACCAUGUCACAUUGGCGACCCUCGACGAUGUUCAAGAAUUCGAAAUCUGGAGGUUGGACAAACUCGAGCUAUGA